AUGAAUAGCGAAUGCGAUAUAGAAAAUAAUGAAAGAAUAAAUGUCAUUAAACCAAUCAAUACUGAUACUGUUCAUAAAAUUUGCUCUGGUCAGGUCAUACUCAGCUUAGCAGAAGCAGUAAAAGAACUUGUAGAAAACUCAUUAGAUGCUGGUGCUACUAAAAUAGACAUAAGGCUCAAAAAUUAUGGCAUUGAUUUGAUAGAAGUUUCUGAUAAUGGUACGGGUGUGACAGAGGAUAAUUUUCCUGCUUUAACAUUAAAAUACCAUACUUCCAAGCUAAAUGAUUAUUCAGACCUUCUCGGUAUAUCCAGUUUUGGUUUUAGAGGUGAAGCUCUUAGUUCUCUUUGUUCACUGGCAAAUCUUACUAUUACUACAAGGCAUCAAAGUGCUGAAUAUGCUACCAAAAUAGAGUAUGAUCAUAAAGGACUUAUAGUAAGUAAAACACCAUGUUCACGUCAAGUUGGAACAACAGUCACUCUGACAAAUUUAUUUUGCACCCUUCCAGUAAGAAAGAAGGAAUUUCAUAAAAACGUUAAAAGAGAGUUCAAUAGAAUGACAAAUUUGCUAUAUGCUUAUUGUCUAAUAUCAUUAGGUGUCAAUAUCACCUGUAGUAACCAAACAAAUUCAAAUUCUAAAUCCUUAGUAGCUACAACACAAGGGUCGAUGACAUAUAAAGAUAAUAUAGCUUGCAUAUUUGGGUUAAAGCAAUUGCAAAAUUUAUUGGAUAUAAAAACUGAUUAUAUUCCUAACAUAAAAGAAAAUAUUUUUAAAGGUUUAUCAGGAGAAGUAAAAAUAUCUGAGGAAAGUAUAAAGGUAGAAGAUACUGAAAUAGAUUUGUCUGAAGAUUCCAAUGAUGCAGAGAAUACUGAAGUUAUUAAUUCACAAGACAGUGUAUUAAAUUCCCAAAAAUCUCAAGGUUAUAAAAAUGUUCCACCUCUUGUAGAGGUUGCAGGAUACAUAUCUUCAUGUGCCCAUGGCUGUGGGCGUUCUAGUACUGAUCGCCAGUUUUAUUUUGUUAACUCAAGGCCUUGUGAGCCCACAAAAAUAAUGAAACUAAUUAAUGAAAUUUAUAAACAAUUUAAUCCACAUCAAUACCCUUUUGUUUUUCUAAAUGUCAUCUUAGAUAGAACCUCAGUUGAUGUAAAUGUUACACCAGACAAAAGAAAACUAUUUCUUGUCAAAGAAAAACCUAUUUUGGAUAUGAUCAAGAGUUCUGUUACAAAACUAUAUGAAAAUAUACCAAGAAUUGUUAAAGUUGAAUCAGUAAAUUCAUCUAACAGUUCUAUUGUCACCCCAGAUAUUGAUCAACCUAGAGUUUUUAAUUCAUUUAUGGAACAGUUUAGUAUCAAACAGCGUAAAUUAGAUUCUACGUUAAGCGUUAAUCAGAAACCUGAUCUUAAAAGAAAAUCUAACACUUUAUUAGAUUUUGCUAUAUCAAAGACCAAACGGGUAGAAGACAAUGUACCUUCCAAAUGUGAACGAGAGCAAAAUUGUAAAUCAUUAGAUAAUAAUAAAUACGAUGUUAAAAUUGAAGAGCAAGAAAUUACGAAAGUGGACUUGAAUAUUAAUAAUUCAAACGAUAAUUUACAAAAGUUAGAUUUAGUUAUUGAUGCUAAAACUGAUGAAAAUGAAUCAGUAAAAAACGGUAAAGAUGUAAUGUAUUUAGAAUAUACAAACGAAUUACCAAAUACUCAAAUCAGAAAUAUUUCUGAUGUUAUCACUGAGACAUCACAUACAAUCUAUUGUAAAACAAAAACUACGCCAAGAAAACCUGUUAUUGCUAACACAAAAAAAUAUGAGAAUACUAAAAUUGUCACUGAUAAAGAACAAAUAGGAAAAUUUAAUAGAAAAUAUAUUACUAUGAAAACUUCUAUUGAGCAAGUAACUAAAUUAGCAGAAAUAUAUUAUAAUAAACAGAAACAAAAAACUAAACCAGAUAGGAUAAAAUUCAAAGGUGAAAUAAAUCCAGUAUUUAACAAGAAGUGUGUAGAGGAACUGAGCAGAGAAAUUUCAAAAGAAUCAUUCAAGAAUAUGGUUGUUAUUGGCCAAUUUAACCUGGGAUUUAUAAUAACACGUUUAGAUGAAGAUCUUUUUAUAAUUGAUCAACAUGCUACAGAUGAGAUUUAUAAUUUUGAAAUGUUGCAAAAAACAACAGAGCUAACUAGCCAGAAAUUAGUUAUACCCCAACAGCUGGAACUUUCUGGAGUUAAUGAAGAAAUAUUAAUUGAUAACUUGGAAAUAUUUAAAAGGAAUGGUUUUACAUUUGAAAUUGAUGGAAACGCUUUACCUACAAAAAGAGUAAAGCUAUUAACAAUUCCUAUGUCUAAAAACUGGAUCUUUGGAAAAGAUGACAUUGAAGAACUAUUAUUUAUGCUGAGGGAAAAUCAAUCGGAGCACUGCAGACCAAGUCGAGUAAGGGCAAUGUUUGCAUCGAGAGCAUGUAGGAAGUCAGUUAUGAUUGGAACAGCUUUGAGUAAAGCUGAUAUGAAGAAAUUAGUUGAUCAUAUGGCAGAGAUCGAUAAACCCUGGAAUUGUCCCCAUGGAAGACCUACCAUACGUCAUCUUGUUAAUUUAGCAAUGGUAAAUACGGAUUAG